AAUAGGGACGCAGGGGUGAAUAGGAACAAAAACUGGGAAAAUUGAAAUUUUUUCAGUAACUUCUUUCUUAUUGAAUUUUUAUAGCUCUACCUAAUUUUUUCUGAUAGAGGGGAUUUUUCUGUACACAUUAAUAUAAAAAUCAUCUAUUCAACUUGAUUUCUAUGCUAUCGGCAGCUGUGCUUCUUGAUGCUUCUUUGAACAGAUAGAAACGUAACUUGUAAAGUUUUGUCUGGACAUUUGUACUGUUUGUAGUCACAAGCUUGAAGUAUUUUUCUUCGAAUUCUACUGAAAUAUUGGAAUUCAACUCGCACAUUAAAUAACACAUUAAAUAUGUAAACUUUAACUGGAAUUUAAUUUAUUGUAGAUUUUUUUUUAAUCUUGACCAUUUGGAUGUUGAGUGAGGUGGGGUGAAUAGGGACACUGCCUAAAACUGGUGUUUGCUGGUUCUAUAGAAGUUUAAAGACUUAUCUUGAAGUAGUCAACGUUGUUGAGGAGGAGAAGGAAAUUGGGUGCGAGUUGAAUUCCAAUAUGACAGGGGUGAAAGUAUUUAUUGGGAAGGUUGAAGUUUGUUGAAGGUUCCUUCGACAAAAAAUUCCGUGAAAAUGCAAAAUGUUUAUAUUUUUCCAGAAGUUUUAAAAAUUCUGAAAGACCCCUCUAGUAAGAGAGGAAGAUAUUUUUUCAAUGAAGAGCUGAUACAAUAUUGAACUUUGUAGCUUCUAAUGACUUAAUUAUGGAUUUCAUUUUUUAUCGAAUAUUUUUUAACUUCAAAUGUAUUUUCUUAGUUUAUUUUUAUUAAAUAUAUAUUUAAAAAUAUUUUAUUCUAUUAUUAAUAAGGUCCUUUUCGUCCCUAUCCAUCCCAUAAUAGGUCUGAAAAAACUUGCAUGCUAUACACAAUUGCGUCCCCCAUGACCCCACCAUUGGGGUGAAUAGGGACAGCAAUAAAAAAAAUAAUAAUGAAAAAGAGGGUGGAUGGAAAAAAAAUUGUUAAAUCCAAGAGAUACCUAUACCAACAGUGAAAGCCGUAAGUGGAUCACAAACAGAAUAAAAUAAUUUUUGUGUAAGUUAUGAGAAAAAAGUGUGAAAAACUGUCCCUAUUCACCCCAUUCUACGGUACUACAUUAUUUUCAGAUGGUACAGAUCUCAUUGACUCUGUAAUACUUGUCUUAGGAAUCAUACAAAUAUUAUCAUUUUUCUUUGACACUUCAGGCACAAAUAAACAUGAACGAUUAUCAUCAAUCAUUUUGGAAUUAAAAUCAUUUUCCAACAAUGGAAGAAGUUGAUCCACAUGUCUUUUCCAUACAAAUCCCUUAUCAGUUUCAACUCUAUAAGUAACUGGACUUAUUUCAUUCAAAAUUUUACCUUCAAUCCAUUCACCCGAUCUGUAAUCUUUUAUCAUAACAUUUUCCCCUUUUGAAAAUUUUACAUUACGUUUUCCUCUUGAAAACUGUCUUUGACUUUCUAGUUUUUUAUCAACAUCAAUAGAACUAUUUGGUCUAACUCUAUCUAAACACAUACUUAAUUUUCUACCAAUAUGCAAUUCAGCAGGUGUCCUGCCGGUUGUACAAUGAGGUGCAUUCCUAUAAUACAAGAGAUAUCUACUAAUAGAUUCUUUGAUAGGUAAACCUGAUUUUAACAAAACUUCAAUACUAUUUUUAAAAGUUUUUACAGAAUUUUCCGCUGCACCGUUGGUUGCAGGGUGAUAAGGAGCCGUUUUUAUGUGUACAAUACCAUUAUUUCUCAUAAAAAUGUCAAAUUCUUUUGAAGUAAAAGUAGGGCCGUUAUCUGUUACUAAUUUAUAACAAAUACCCCAUCUAGCAAAAUAGUCUCGAAAAGCUUGAAUAGUCAAUUCAGUAGUAAUAUUUUUUCAUUUCAACAAUUUCAGGCCACUUAGAAUGAGUAUCAGUAAUUACUAAAUACAUUUUACUAGCAAAAGGACCUAGAAAAUCUGCAUGAAUACGGUGUCCUGGACCACUAGGCCAGUCCCAAUUAUGUAAAACUGCCUUAGGAGGAUUACUUUUUACACUCAAACAUAAUUCACAACUUUUACUGAUCUCUUCAAUAUCAUGAUCUAACUUAGGCCACCACACAUAAUCUUGCCAUAGAUUUCAUUUCUACAACACCUACUAUGUAACUCAUGUAAAACAUAAUUUCUAAGAUUGUGUGGUACAACAACUCGAUGUCCUCACAUAAUACAGUUUUUCUCAAUACAGUAUACAGUUCAUCUUUCCUAGAAAUAUACGGUUACAAAAAAUCAACAUCUGAGAUGGUAUUUAAAUCCAUCCAUUCAAAAUCAAAUAAUACACUUAUAGGAAUUAUAGGAUCUUCUUGCGUUUGCUUACUGACAUCAAUUUCAUUGAAUAGAGAUACUGUUUCUUCUAUUAGAUUCACAUAUGUAAAAUCAUCCUGAUGGAUUCCAUCAUUGACCUUGAGAGGUAGUCUAGACAAUGCAUCAGCUACACAACUUUUAUUUGCAUUAAUGAAUUGGAUAUCAUAAUCAUAGCAUGAUAAAAAUAAACACCAACGCUGUAAUCUACUAGCUGCCAUUAAAGGUAGACCUUUCUUACAACCAAAAAUAGAAGUUAGAGGUUUACUAUCAGUAGCAAGAAUAAAUUUACGACAAUACAAAAAUUGAUGAAAUUUUCUUAUACCAAAAAUAAUAGCUAGAGCUUCUUCAUGACUAUAGCCAGACUCUGCUUUAGAUAGCGUUCGUGAAGCGUAUCCUAAAGGCUUUUCCUGCCCGUCCGGCAUUACAUGAGAUAGAAUACAACCAACUCCAUGAGGAGAUGCGUCACAAGUCAAUUUGAUUUCCAAAUCUGGAUUAAAAUGUACUAACACUUUAUUUGAGCACAUCAACUCUUUGAUUUUAUUAAACGAAUUUUCUUGUUCUUUUCCCCAAACCCACUUUACAUCAUUCUUCAGUAAUUUGUACAAAGGAUUAAGAACAGUAGAAAUAUUAUGAAUAAAUUUCUAGUAAUAAUUGACCAUACCUAGGAAUGAUUUCAGCUGAGUUACUGACCACGGUACUUGUGCAUUUUCAAUAGCUUCAACUUUGCUCACAGAAGGAUGCAAACCAUUUUUAUCAAUAGUAUAGCCUAAAAAACUAACACUAUCUCGGAAAAACGCACAUUUCUCUUGUUUUACAGUCAGACCUGCAUCAUUAAGUCUAGAAAUUACCUUAUCAAGUCGUGAGAAAUGUUCCUUAUCAUUAAUUCCUGUUACAAAAAUAUCAUCAAGAAAGCAUACAACUCCAUCAAUACCUAGAAUUAAUUUUUCCAUUUCUCUUUGAAAUAAACCUGGAGCAGAAGCAACAUCAUAAGGUAAACGAUUAUAUCUAAACAAACCUUUAUGGGUAGAAAUUGUCACAAUAUUUUUAGAAUCAUCUUCUAAUUCAACUUGCUGUUAAGCUUGAGAUAGAUCAAUUUUCGAAUAUUUUUCACCUCCUUUAAGUGCUAAAAAUAAGUCAUUAAUUCGUAGAAUAGGAUAUCUAUCAACUUUCAAAUGCUGAUUGCCUUAUAAUCACCGCAAAUUCUUAUGGUACCAUCAGGUUUCAAAACUGGAACAAUAGGAGUCCCCCAUUCGCUAUUCUCAAUUGGUUCUAGAAUUUUACAAUCAACUAAUCUUGACAAUUCGUUUUCAAUUUUCUCUUUCAAACUAGCAGGUACUUGUCUAGGCUUGAAAAAUUUUGGAGAUGCAUCAUCCUUUAAAUACAACUUAAGUUUCGUUUUAUUGUAAAGUCCUAGCUUGUCAGAAAAAACAUUAGGAUAUCUACUCAUAAGGAUAUUCCUACCUUUCAUAGCAUUAUUAUCCACAUUUGAUAAUUUAAUAGCAUUUACAGAUUCAUUUACAUUUUGAUUGAAAUUAAAAUUCAAGUUAGCCAUCCAUUGUCUACCAAUUAACGGUGGGCCUCCCUUUGGAAUGACAUACAAUUCAAGUAAUUUUGAAAUGGAACCAUAGACUACAUUAGUUUUCAAUAUACCUAUUGGUUUGAUAGGAUCACCAACAUAACUCUUGAGUGAGAUCGAACUGUCUAUCAUCGAUAAGUCUUUGAAAUAUUUUUCAUAAUCUUUAAACGAAAUAGCAGAAAUACUUGAACCUGUAUCGAUUUCAAAUGAAAUAUCUUUACCUUCAACAGUAAGUAUAGUACUCAACGGUUUAAUGUAGAAAUUAUUUUUAUUCACAUCCGGGGUUGUUUCAUUAAAAAAAUAUAAGAAUGGGCCAACUGCUCACCUAGCUCAUCAUCAAUUUGAUUCAAGGACUGUUUCUUUAAAAAAUUAUUACCGUUGCUUUUCAAUUUAGAAUCUGAAGUUUUCGAUCUACACAUUACUUUCAAGUGUCCUACUCUCCCACAAUUAUCACAUUUCUUAUUUUUAUGCUUACAUUGUGGUGAAUAGUGAUUGGACUUACCACAGCAAUAGCAUACCCCCUUAUUUUGUCCCACGUUCUCACUCUCUGCUUGGCUGGACCAAUUGAAAUUUCCUCCUUGAUGAUUAGUCUUCUGAAAUCUGGAAUUCAUCUGGAAACUGGGUUGCCAUCUUUCAUUUUUUUGUAGUUCAUCAUCCGCGAAGUCGAAUUACCGCUCAACUCCCCCACAUCAUGCGUCGCCGUCUCCAGGGCCAAGGCCAACUCUACUGCUCUCUGGAAGGUUAGAUCUGCUUCGCCUAGUAAACGCUUCUUGAUAUGUUCUUCCUUCAAUCCCCAUACAAUCUGGUCUCUUAGAUGUUCAUCUAAUUUAUCACCGAAAUCACAAUUUUUGGAUAUUUUUCUCAAAUUCGCGAUAAACGAUGCAAUACUUCCGUUAGACAGCUGCUUUCUCUCCUUAAAUUUAUAGCGUUCUGUUAUUGUCAAUGGUUUAGGUUGCAGGUAGUCACACAUUAACUUCUGAAGAGUGUUCAAGGGUUUUGUUGCUGGCUUGUCCGGGGUACAUAAGUCGCAGAGCAAGGAAUAACUAAAAAUAUAGCUACCUUUUUAGUUUCAGUUACAUCAUUAGCUACAAAAAAUUGGUCAAGUCAAUCACACCACUGGUCCCAAUUGUCUUGAAGUCGAAACUCACUGAUACUCCCAAUUGUUCCCCUAACAAUUGAAGGAGAAGCCUGUCCAUCUGAUGCCAUCUUGUUCAAUUAGGUCAUAAUAUUGUUAUAAUUGUUAUAUAUAUAUUUGAACUACCGCCUACACAGAGUAGCCAACAUAAAAUAUCGCACAGAAAUGAAGAAAACACUGAUUCAAUUUAUUACCAACAACAUUUACUAUACAUGAAUAUGACAUGAUUAUUACAACAUUAUAUACACACAAUUACAAACAUUUGCUUUAUAAUCUAAAUUAUUAUCUAUUGUACAUUUCUACACUACAACUUCCAAAAAGAUCAGACAGGCAUGGGAAACACAAACACAGACACAUUCAUGAAGGCGCUGUUCACCUGUCUAGCAUUUUUCUAUUCAGUAUCGUAUUCGAUUUAACAAUAUACAGUGUUCAAUGAAGAUCAUUGAAAUAAUUCUAUGAGAGUUUCUUAUUCUUUCAAAAAUACACAACAAUUUUGGCGACGACGAUGGGAUAUGUAGUAAGUCCAGCUUCAAUUCACAUGAGUACAUUCUAGCCUACAACUAACCUGCAAAGACAAGAUGGAAUCAUUAACGGCUGCUAUUAUUCAGCUUGUGGAACGAAUGGAGCCUAACAAACAAAAGGAAAGGCCCAUUUCAUUUGAAAAUUUUGAUGAGAAUAACGAAACCUUUCGCUCAUACAAAGAGAGGUUGGAAAAUUUUUUUGUAUUGAAAGGCUUGUCUGAUCCUGCAGAGCUUGGAUUGCAUGCUCGCAUUCUCAUUAAUAGCAUUGGUAACAAAUACUACAUGUUGCUCAGUAGUUUAACUGCACCGAAAUCGCCUACUGAUGAAUCAUAUGAAACAUUAUGUGAGCUUCUACUUCAACAUUUGUGCCCUGCACCUAAUGUUUGUGCUGAGCAGCACAGGUUCCUGACUAGACUUCAAGGACAAUCUGAAUCAAUUUGUGAGUACAUAGCAGCAUUAAAAACACUCACACUGUCUUGUGAAUUUGAUUGCUACAAUCCAGACUGUAAAAAAUCUGUGUCUGAUUUAUUUCUGUGAGCCCAGUUUGUUCGUGAGUUGUUAGAUGAUAAUAUUUGUGAGAAGCUUAUGCAAGAAACCUCAUUAACAUUCAAUAAGGCUUGCAAUUUGGCAUUGUCCUUGGAUGCUUCCAAGAGAGGAAACCUGGAAAUGUCAUCCAAACCUGUCAAUUUGCUUGUUACUCACAAAGGACCACAAAAAUCUUUCCAAAGGUUUUAACUUUCCAAGUCUGUCAUCAGGGUUGAUCUAUCUGCAUUGGGCCUGCAAGGACUCUGUCUUCGAUGUGGGUUUGCAAACCAUAAAACACGAGAUUGUCGGCGGAAUGCAUUCACUCUCCAGUGCUCAUCCUGUGGCUUCCCUGGCCAUGUGUCCAAAGUUUGUAUAAAAACUCGCACCAAAAAGUCAUGAGUUAAACAAAUCGAUGAAACUUCACAAUCCUUUGAUGAAGAUGAUGGUAAUUUUCCUGAUAACACUUCAAAUAUUAUCAAUGUGAGAUUCUUGUCUGGUCCUGAUACUGAAAAAUUCAUGGUUCCAAUCACAAUUGGGAAUCAUGUCUGUAACUUUGAAGCAGAUUCCGGUAGCCCUGUCACUAUUAUCAAUGAGAAGGAAAUGCAUAAGCUCCAGCUUUCUAAACAUUUGUCUCCUACAAAUGUGAAAUUUCGCACCUACACCAAGGAAAUUUUCUUGCCAUUAGGGGAGUUGACAAUUCCUGUGACUUACAAAAGAAAACGUUCCAAAGAAACCCUUUAUGUUGUUGACACAGACUCUUCUGCCAUCUUAGGUCGAGCAUGGAUGCGACGCCUUCAGAUCUCCAUCAACACAAUCAGCCAUGUUUCAUCAACUAUAGACUCAUUUCAAAAUGAAAUCCUCCAGAUGUUUUCAAAGACAAAAUAGGAACUAUUCCAAACUACAAAUGUUCUCUCAUCAUGAAUGAUCAGGUCAAACAAAUAUUUUUAAAGCCCCGUCCAGUGCCAUAUGCUCUAUAAGACAGAGUUAUAGUUGAGCUGAAGCGUUUGGAAAAAGAGGGUGUUUUAACCAAGACAGAUUAUUCUGAUUGAGGCUCACCACUUGUUGUUGUUCCAAAAGCAAAUGGCAGAAUUCGGUUAUGUUUUGACUAUAAACCUACUGUCAACCCUCAAAUCAAAGAAGGUCGGUACCCAAUUCCUCGGAUUGAGGAUAUUUUCCAUAAAAUUCGAGGAGGCAAGUUCUUCAGUAUAUUGGAUAUUCAUAAAGCAUUCCAUCACCUUGCUGUUGAUGAUGAAAGCCGCAAGGUAUUGGCUAUAUCUACACAUUUGGGGACAUAUUAUGUGAAUAAAUCACCUUUCGGGGUAGAGGUCGCUCCCAACGAAUUUCAAAAGGUUAUGGACACUGCUCUACUUGAUUUGGAUGGUACUGCUGUUUAUUUUGAUGAUAUCAUUAUUCAAGGCAGAACCAGAGAUGAAUGCAAGCUCAGUCAUCAAGUGUCUACAGAGGCUCCAACAAUUAGGCCUUCAUGUCAACCUUUCCAAGUGCCAAUUUUUCAAGUCUCAUGUGCAGUACCUUGGACACACUAUCUGUGAAGCUGGUCUACAGAAAUCUGAAGACAAAGUUCAAUUGAUUUCAAAAGCGAAAUGUCCUACCAACACCGAGGAAGUAAAAAGUUUUUGCGGCCUUGUCAUGUACUAUGCUAAAUUUAUCCCUCAUGUGUCAACAAUCAUGGAGCCUAUCAAUCGUCUUUUAUCAAAAGGAACCAAAUUCUGCUGGAACAAGCAGUGUGAAGACUCUUUCAUACUUAUCAAAAAUGAGAUAACAAGCAAUAGAAUUCUUGUGGCUUAUGACCCACAACUUCCUGUAACCCUGGCUACCGAUGCCAGCCCGGUGGGCAUAGCAGGGGUGCUCUCACAUAUUAUUGAUGGACAGGAAUGACCAAUAGCAUUCAUCUCACGGACUUUGACAAUAGCAGAACAACACUACUCUCAACUGGAUAAGGAAGCUACUGCUGUAUAUUGGUGUGUCAAGUGCUUCUUCCAAUAUUCAUAUGGGCAGAAGUUUACAUUGAUUGUUGAUAACAAACUGCUACAGAUGAUUUUUCACCCAGGAAAAAAUCUUCUGACUAUGAUGGUUGGUUGUUUAAUGCGUUAUGCUGCUUUUCUGAGUGGAUUUGACUACCUUAUCGAGCAUAGACGAUCUGACCUUCAUUGUAAUGCUGAUUAUCUGUCACGAUCACCAAUCACUUUGGAGGUUCCAUGUGAUGAUGAAGAUGAUCUACUUCUGGCACACACUGUUCAGUCCAUUUCAUCUGAUACUAUUACAUCUGACAUCAUCAAGCAAGAAACUGAUGCUGAUCCUGAACUCUCUGUUCUCAAGGCAAAUCUACUUACCAGCACGGUACAGAACCCAGAAUUUUGCCUUCAGCAUGGAAUUAUUUUCCGGGGGGUGAGAGUGGUUAUUCCAAAGAAGCUCCAGCCUCGGAUACUACAGGAUCUUCAUGACACUCACACAGGGGUUGUAAAGAUGAAGGCAUUGGCCCGCAGACACUGCUAUUGGGAAAAUAUUGACAAAUACAUCAAUGCAGCAGUGAGAAGCUGCAGGAGCUGUUGCGAAUUCAAAGCAGAUCCAAAAGAGGCACCUCUACAUGUGUGGGAUAUACCAGAGUCCAACUGGCAAUGUGUCCACAUGGACUAUGCAGGCCCAUACAAAGGUAACUAUUACCUCAUCCUAGUUGAUGCCAAGUCGAAGUGGCCUGAAAUUGCAGUGACAGCUACUCCACCAACUACAAAUUCAACCAUUAGGAUGUUGAGGGAAAUAUUCUCUCACAAUGGACUUCCAGAGAUCCUGGUCAGUGACAAUGCAACACUUUUCACUUCCAAUGACUUUCAAGCAUUUCGCAAACGAAAUGGAAUAAAACAAAGAUUUAUUGCCCCAGGCCACCCAGCAACAAAUGAAUUGGCUGAACGCUACGUCCAGACUUUCAAGAAGAAACUCAAGACAAUGACAUCUGACGAAGGCACUCAUCAUGAGAAGUUCCAUGCAGCUCUGUUCAGACUGCCUGUUACACCAUUGGAGUCAGGAGAAACACCGGCAGAACUCUUCAUGGGUCGUUCACUACGAACACAUCUAGACAUCUACAAACCCACUAUCCCUGACAUCAAGCUAGCAGUCCAACCACCACCUGAACUAGUCCGUCAUUUGCCCUUAGGAGCCAGGGUGCAGGCUCAUAACUACACCACAUCAGGCAAGUGGUGCUACAGAACCAUUGUAGAAUGUCUUGGUAGACUCCACUACCUUGUUGAACUGGAUGAAGGAUACACAAUCAAGAGACACAUCGAUCAACUUCAACUAUGUGAAAUUCCUCUCACCAAGAAUGCACUUGACCAGUCUUCUCCAAUUGUAACCUAGAAGAUACCUGACUUCAGACCAGGACAACAAUUGUACAGCAACCAACAAGAUGUUCCAGUGUCUGGUCAAGAAUAUCGCCAACCAACUGACAUGAACACGGAUUUGACACAACAUGCCCUGCAACCACCUCAAAAUGCAGACAUGCAACAGAGAAAACUCAUGUCAACAACUGGAGUUGUUGAGCAACAGGUUGAUCCCAGUUCCAGAGCCCAGGACCAGCCUAGGUGUUCCAACCGAGAGCGAAGACCAAUCAAUAAAUUAAACUUGUAAUUAUUAUUAUCGUGGGGGAGAAUUGUUAUGAAUAUUUGAACUACCGCCUACACAGAGUAGCCAACAUAAAAUAUCGCACAGAAAUGAAGAAAACACUGAUUCAAUUUAUCACCAACAACAUUUAUUAUACAUGAAUAUGAUAUGAUUAUUACAACAUUAUAUACACACAAUUACAAACAUUUGCUUAAUAAUCUAAAUUAUUAUCUAUUGUACAUUUCUACACUACAACAUUCAAAAAGAUCAGACAGGCAUGGGAAACACAAACACAGACACAUUCAUGAAGGCGCUGUUCACCUGUCUAGCAUUUCUCUAUUCUGUAUCAUAUUCGAUUUAACAAUAUACAGUGUCCAAUAAAGAUCAUUGACAUAAUUCUAUGAGAGUUUCUUAUUCUUUCAAAAAUACACAACAAAGGGUUUUGUUGCUGGCUUGUCCGGGGUACUUAAGUCGCAGAGCAAGGAAUAACCUUCCGACCCUAUCAUUGUAAGAAAUAUAGCUACCUUUUUAGUUUCAGUUACAUCAUUAGCUACAAAAAAUUGGUCAAGUCAAUCACAUCACUGGUCCCAAUUGUCUUGAAGUCGAAACUCACUGAUACUCCUAAUUGUUCCCCUAACAAUUGAAGUAGAAGCCUGUCCAUCUGAUGCCAUCUUGUUCAAUUAGGUCACUAUUGUACACUUGUACCUGUGUUCAGUUCGAAUUUCACUUUCGUUUUACAAUAAUCACAUCGAAGUUCCAUUGUUUUUCCAGUUCCAUUUUUCUUCAUUAUCCAUUAUUAUCCUUCGUCGCCAAUUGUAGUGUUUUGGGUGGGUGCACGCAAAUUAACCAACAUUUUAGAAUUCACAUAAUUCCAUUAAUUGAACGUUUCAUUAAGCAGCAAGAAGAGAACAGACCAAGCACACAGGCAAGGCAACAUACCAAUUCAAAACUGUUGGUUGCACUGCCACCAACAUAACUAAUAGAGAAAUAAUAAAUUGUAAAUGUAUAAAAUAAUAAAGUAAUUCAACAUUACUAAAAAAAAAUUGUUUUAAAUUGUUGUUAUUAAUAUAUUACAGUAAGUAUAAGUUAAUUUUUUUCCAUUUUCAAACCCCAACAGGUGAUUUUACAAACUGUUAACAUUGUUGGUUAACCUCAAAUUUGUAAAACAACUAUCAAGUAGUGUGAUUCAGUAAUAUCAUAAUAGAUUGAUUCAAUAUUAUGAAUGUUUGAGAUAUAAGAAGCUAUUGUAAAAUGUUACAAUAAUAAAGCUAAUACCAGAAUAGGCCUACCCACUAAUAAUAUUAGUUAUUUAUAGGAAUAUUAGGGACUAUGGUUACAUUAAAUGUUGACCUGAAUGUUGAUCAAAUUUUGACCUAAUUAACUUCUCGAAUACAGUAUUUUGAUUAGAUAAAACAUUAUUUAUUUCAAUAUGACUAGUAUCGAAUCAACCUUUUGAGAAAUUCUCUAAAUAAACUGUGAAUAGCAGCAAUCAUUCUUAUUGAUAGGCUACUAUUUAAUUAUUAGUUCAGUACUAUGUAUGGUCCUUAUUCCUUAUUCCUUUUUGUCCUUGAAAACUCCCUUGUAUUGGUUUAUUGUUUAAAUACUAUCAAUUUAUUAAAACCAUACUAAAUUAUUACUUAAAAAUUUCUUUCAAUUAGAUAAUUGCUUUCUCACAUCUAAUGUUUCAUCUGAUUUCAGACCAAGGUGGGAAUAGAACUGCAGAUACAUAUUAUACUAAAAUCCACCAUGACAGACAAAUAUGAUGCCAACUAGUUGGAUUAGAUUUGAAAAAAAGUUCUUCUUCUCUCUACAUCUGAUGAAAGCAAUUUUCAGUAAAGGUGGGAAUAGAACUGCAGACGCAUAUACUAAAAUCCACCAUGAAAGACGAAUAUGCUGCCAACUAUACAGUUGAAUUGAAUUUAAAACCCCUUUCUACAUCUGAUGGAAACCAUUUUUAGACCAAGAGCAGAGAGACUACACCUCAUGAAGCUCAAAUCGAGGACAAUAGCAGUUCAAAGUGGAAAUAUAUAAUUAGUUAUAUAUUGAAAGUUCAAUUUUUGUAAUAUUUAAUAAAAAUC